AUGAACUCCGUGGCAACACUCGCUUUGCUUUUACUAAUUGUCCAAGCAGUACCCGAAGCUUCAACUUGUCCAUCAGGAUGGACUUUGAGUGGAAGUAGCUGCUAUCGUCAUUUCUCUGACACGAAAACGUGGAAUGAUGCUGAAGCUGAUUGUGUCAUUGAAGGCGGACAUCUCGUUUCAAUCGAGUCGCUCAAUGAGAACAAUGUUGUCUAUAACUUGAGAGGGACAGGAACUUCUCUUGGAGACGACAUUUGGAUAGGAUUAAAUGACAAGGCUGUUGAAAACUCAUUUGUAUGGAGUGAUGGUACCGUUAGUCCAUACAGAUAUUGGUCUGAUAAUAAGCCCGACGGUGACUCAGAUUGCACGAAAAUGAUUUCAAGCGGCAAGUGGGACGAUUAUUAUUGCUCGGUAUUCUUUUUCCGACAUCCCUUUGGAAAGUUGAGAUGCGAAUUCGGCUAG